AUGGUAGGCACCGAUGGCAAAAUCAAUUGUCUCACCACCGAAAAAUUCAUGCCAUUCAACCAGCCCUAUGCUCAGGCAUUGAUCAAAGAAACUCUGGAUGCUAAUAAUGACAUUGAUAUUAACCAAAACCGGAUCAACACUAAUACCAAUGUCUAUAUUGAUAAUAGUAGUAGUAACAAUACUAAUAAUAGUAGUAAUAGUAAAAAUGGUUUGGUUUACUUUCAACAACAACCUAAACAAAAAAGGAUAAUAUUUAAAAAUUAUUAUGAUUUCUAUCAUAAUAAUAAAGAGAAUAGUAAUAAUAGCAAUGGUACUAGUAGUAAUAAUACCGACGGUAGGAAGAGUAAAUUCAUUGACAAUUAUUCAUAUGAGUUUAUUGAAUAUGAGUAUAUUUCAAAGAAAAAGAUUGAAGAAAAUCAGAAUAAUAUUGUAAAUCAAAUUCAACAACCAAAACAACAACCAAAGCAACAACCACAGCAACAACAAAUCCAGGAACAACUACAACAACAAAUUCAACAGCAACCAAAACAACAACCACAACAAAUUCAACAGCAACCAAAACAACCACUGCAACAACAAAUCCAGAAACAACCACAACAACAACAAAUUCAACAGCAAUCAAAACAACAACAAAUCCAAAAUCAACCAAAACAAAUCCAGCAACAACAAAUCCAGCAGCAACCAAAACAACCACAACAACAAAUUCAGCAGCAACCAAAACAACCACAGCAAAUCCAGAAACAACCACAGCAACAACAAAUCCAACAGCAACCAAAACAACAACAACAAAUCCAGCAACAACCAAAACAACAACAAAUUCAACAGCAACCAUAUCAAAUUCAACAACAAUCAAAACAACAACAAAUUCAACAGUCAAAACAACAAAUUCAACAACCACCACAACAACCAAUCCAACAAUCAAAACAACAACAAAUUCAACAACAACCACAGCAACAAGUCCAACAGCAACCAAAACAACAACAAUUUCAACAAAUUCAGCAACAACCAAAACAACAACAAAUUCAGCAGCAAAUUCAACAACAAAUUCAACAGCAACCCAAACAACAGCCACAACAUCAAAUUCAUCAUCAAAAGCAACAACCACAGCAUCAACAUCAACAUCAAAUUCAAAAUGAAAAGAUACAAUUAAAUAACAUGGAUAUAAUGAAUGAAGAAUAUGAGUUUGGAGACGAAGAAGAUGAUUUCUAUAUAUUGAAUAUACAACAGCAACAGUUUUUAUCCAAUUUGAAUAAUUUUGGCAAAACUAACAAUAAUGAUAAAUUCAUUGCAACCCAAAUUAAUUUUGAAUCAAUGGAUAAUAAUCGUCAGAAACAAAAGACAACAACACAACAUAAACAUCAAUCACAUCACAAUCAAGAAAGUAAAGGACAAAAGAGAGUCAAUCAAGAUGAUUUAUUUAUAUCUACACCUUAUAGAAACAAUAGUGAUAGUGAUAGUAGCGAUAGUAAUAGUAAUAGUAAUAAUAAUAAUGUACAUGGUAACAAUAGUAGUGAAGAGACAGGUACAAAGUUUUCAAAAAGACAGAAAUUAAUUAACAGUAAAAUAAAAUCAAUGAAACCAAUUCCGCUAAUUUAA